AUGGGUAGUUUAGCUUGCUUGAGUGUAUCCAAUAGACCUUUGGCUAAGAAAAUUCAAACCUUGAAAUUUAAGUUUAUGCAGUUUGACAUCUUGGAAAAAGGUGGAGUGUUAGCUAGCAUUGAGGUGAGGGCCACAUUUGUUGAAGAUAUCAAGGCCAAACAAUUUGAGCAUGAGAAUUUGAAUGAGCUAGAAAAGAAAACAGUGUUUGAUAAAGACAUUGAGUAUGAGGAGAAAUCGAUUGCAAUUCUAGAUCGCCAUGUCCGAAAGAUGAGAAUCAAAGAGAUUAAGUCUGUGAAGGUUCAAUGGAAGUAUCUUCCAUUUGAGGAAGCUGCUUCGAAAAUCGAAAAAGACAUGGGAGACAAGUAUCUCUAG